AUGGUGAACAAGAAAAUUGCAGCGCAAUUGGAGAAACUACAGGGCGAUGAGUGGAACUCGGACACGGACAGUGAGACAACGAUGGCUCCUGCUGUUGUCUCUAGUACUUUUGAUGGCACUCAUGAUCUUGUGAAGCUUCCUACAGCCGAAGAGGCCUUUGCUAGCAUUAAAGAAAUUGGUGGCAAGAAGCGCAAGAGUAAGAUGCAACGCAAGAAAGAAGUAGCUGCGCUGUCUAAGCAGCAGAAGGCUGAGAAGGCCAAGAACCAGCCGUCUAAUGUUAUUUAUCUUGGUCGUGUCCCUCACGGCUUUUACGAGAAACAAAUGAUGGGAUUUUUCAAGCAAUUUGGCGCUGUACGUCGUGUACGGCUUUCACGUAACAAGCGCACAGGAAACUCGAAGCACUAUGCUUUUAUUCAAUUUGAUGAACCUGAGGUGGCGCAGAUCGUGGCCAAUACGAUGAACCAGUACCGGCUGUUUGACCACACGCUCUCAUGUCACGUUGUACCGGUGCAUGCUGUCCAUGAGCAUAUGUUUGUCGGUGCUAACAAAGCUUUCAAGCCGUUGCCGCGACAGGCAAUGAACCGCAACCGCCACAAUGCUGAGAAAACGUACGAGCAAAUGGUGAUCAACAACAAGCGUCUUGUGACGAAAGAACGACAGAAACGCAAGGUGUUGAAAGCACUUGGUAUUGAUUACGAAUUUCCUGGAUAUGAGGCGCAAGUGCCUGCAAAGCAGCAGCACAUUGCUUUUACAUAA